AUGGCCGAUGCAGCUCUUGCAGCCCCCGUGCCCAAUCCUGAUGAGGAAGACAUUCAGCAGGUUGAGGAGACCGCUCCAAGUGAUCCACCUGCCCGAGAACCAGUUCCGCCGACGGGACCCAAUGUGACUGGACCUAGUGACGAUAGGAAACCUAGUGUGCAAAGGGCCAAGGUUCAGUACGCCAAGUUCCACAACGUGUCUGUGGGUGAUGUUACUCAAGAGAUGCUGUUUGAGAGUCCUGAAGGAUUAGAAGGUUGGGCAUGUUACGGCCUUGAUUGCAAGGCACGUGGACCUAUGGGGAAUGCCAUGUAUCGCCAACUGAAAAAAGAUCCUGGGGCCCAAGAAUGCUACAAGUGGCUCUUUGACGAUCUGAAAAAAAAGUUCAGGCAGUCAUGGGCCAUGGACAGGUCUUUCGACACAGUGCUCAAAAAGAGGAUCAAGACCAUCAGCACGAAGGUGAAACAAGAGGAGAUUGGGGUGUGGAAAAGUGAGCUUCAACUACAGCAGCAUUUCGGUGGUGUCGAUCAACCGGAAGCACAGCGCCAGGCUUCGAACUACAUCAAGAACUGCAGAAAGUGGGAGGAGGCUUUCGUCUUCUACAACACCUGGACAGAGGCUGACAACUACCUUUUGGUCGAGAAGCUGGUGUCCAAGUGUGAGGAGGAGUCUUGGAAGGAUGUUGCGGAGUUGGUUGACUCCUCGGGAACCUUUGAGACAGAGAGCUUCAAGUGCAAGGCAGUGAGGAAAUACGCCUUCUUUUAUGGGGUUCCCUUUGAAAGUUGCAACGUCCAAGAAGUUGCUGCUAGUCCACAAGGUCUCCAAGGAUGGGCUGAAAUGAAUGUGUGCAUCCCUGGCCUCAAUGAUGGUGAGACGUCGUCUGGGACGUCUGACAGUGCAGCUACUGAUCCCUCUUCACCAGAAGCAGGUUCUCCCAACAAGGAUGGCGAAGCACCCGCGCCCAAGGCCAAGGCCAAAGCAAAGGCCAAGGCUAAGGGCAAAGCCACUCCCAAGCCCAAAGCAGCAGGGGGGGGUAGGACCAAGAAAGAGGCUUCGGCAGAGCAGGCGGCAGAAAAGGCAGUGAAGGAGAUUCUAUCGAAUCACCAAAUGGCAACCCAAAUCAUGGAGAAGGUCGCUGGCCAAGGAGAUGAUUUGCCUUCAGAGUAUCGGUGGGCAAAGAGCUUCAUCGAAGAGUACAAAGAGAUGGUGACUAGCUUUCGAGACGCGAUGACUCCGGAACAAGGUCAAGACAUCACAGAGUUCGUUGACAGUGUGAAGCUUAGCAUCCUGGGCAAGACUGGCAUCCGCAGCUUGAAGAAGACCUACAAGGAUGAUUACCUCUCCUUCAUGAACCUCUUUGUGGACCGCUGUCAGACAAUCGCGGCAGGGAAUCUCAUCUUCACAAGUGCAAUUUUUCCCAUGAUGCAUGGUCUGGCAACACGAGUCCACAAGAUGGCACAGGCGAUGGUCGAACCGGAAGGACCUAAGAGCAAGAAGCUUCGCAUUGCCUGA